AGCCCUGCGAAAUUACAAUAUGACCCCCUGACCAUCUUCUACAGGUUACUGUACGGAUGUAUCAUCUCUAUGCUCUUAAGUUAACAUUCUGCCUUCUACCUUCGGCCGGCCGUUACUUUGUUCCUCCCUCUGAAGCAUUGUUAGAUCUGUUUAUCAUAUCUCUCUGAAUCUUGUUUCUUUUUAUUUUUUACUCUCUCUCUCUCUCUCUCUAAUAGUAGGUGCAUGUCAUCCAAUCACACGAGUACGGUGUUCUAUUCAGAUUUACGACUUCUUGAUUCAGUCUUGAACUGAAAGUGAAAGCCUAGGCUGUUGGGCAAUUCAGAGUUUAUUAGCUAUUUUGGCGACUUCUCCCUUCGGUUUCUCUCUACAAAGCUAGGGUUUUAGAAUGAUGGAGCUCUACGGUCUUCCUCAUUCUUAACUAAGUCUGUUUCGAAAUAUCAUCUCAUGAUAUUUUUUAGAUGUAAAAUAUCAAUUCCAACAUAGUCAUCCGAAGAAAGGCCUGAUUUGGAAAUUUACGACGUUUGGUAAGUAAAAUGCAGACCUCAUCAAGCUUGACAGCCCAGCCGGAGGCUAUUGUGGAUUGGCUUCAGAAGGAAAUGGGAUAUAGACCGUUGGGUCCGUACAGUGCAUCUAGCAAAUCGCACUCGCCUUCAGUUGAUUCACUAAGAAAGAUUUGCAGAGGGAAUAUGAUACCGGUGUGGAGUUUCUUGAUUAAUCGAGUGAAAUCGGAGAAAACUGUAGAGAAUAUAAGGAGAAAUAUAACGGUCCAUGGGGGUAGUAGUGAUGGUUCCAGUGGCAUUUCGGUUGGCGUUGGAAAAGAGGAGAGUAAGACUAAGGGAAGGAGGAAGGACAAGCAGCUUUCAGGGGAGAGUUCCAAUGUGGCCGAGAGCAGGGAGGUGGCAUUGCAAGAGAAAGAACUGGCUGCAAAGGAGGUCGAGAGAUUGAGGAACAUUGUGAGGAGGCAAAGGAAGGAUUUGAAGGCCAGGAUGUUGGAGGUUUCAAGGGAAGAAGCUGAAAGAAAGAGAAUGCUGGACGAGAGAGCUAAUUACAGGCAUAAACAGGUAAUGUUGGAAGCUUAUGAUCAACAGUGUGAUGAAGCUGCAAAGAUAUUUGCAGAGUAUCAUAAGCGUCUUCGACAAUAUGUUAAUCAAGCAAGGGAUGCUCAAAGGUUAAGCAUUGACUCAUCUACUGAAGUGGUUAACAGCGUCAAUGCACACAUUGAGAAGGAAGCUGUGUAUUCAACUGUUAAGGGAAAUAAAUCUGCUGAUGAUGUCAUUCUAAUUGAAACAACUCGGGAAAGAAAUGUCAGGAAGGCAUGUGAGUCUCUUGCAGCAAAUAUGAUUGAAAAAGUACGCAAUUCUUUCCCAGCAUAUGAAGGAAAUGGUAUUCAUUUGAGUCCUCAGUUGGAGGCUGCCAAGUUAGGCUUUGAAUUUGAUGGGGAAAUACCUGAUGAAAUUAGAACUGUUAUUGUCAAUUGCUUGAAGAAUCCUCCUCAGUUGCUUCAGGCAAUUACUACAUAUACCUUACGGCUUAAAACUCUGAUUUCAAGAGAAAUAGAAAAGAUUGAUGUUAGAGCAGAUGCAGAAACCUUAAGGUACAAGUAUGAGAACAACAGAGUUAUGGAAGUUUCUUCCCCUGAUGCAAGCUCGCCAUUAAGUUACCAACUUUAUGGUAAUGGGAAGAUAGGGGCAGAUAUACCUUCUAGAGGAACUCACAAUCAACUUCUUGAGAGACAGAAAGCACAUGUGCAACAAUUUUUGGCUACUGAAGAUGCACUGAACAAAGCUUCUGAAGCUCGAAAUUUGUGUCAGAAACUUAUAAAACGUUUACAUGGAUCAAAUGAUAUAGUUUCUUCGCACUCACUUGUUGGAGGCACAUCACAGAAUGUUGGCAGUCUUAGGCAAUUUGAGUUGGAAGUUUGGGCAAAGGAGAGAGAAGUUGCUGGUCUGAGGGCUAGCUUAAAUACGUUGAUAUCUGAAAUACAACGUUUGAAUAAAUUAUGUGCAGAAAGGAAAGAAGCUGAAGAUUCUUUGAGAAAGAAGUGGAAAAAGAUUGAAGAGUUUGAUGCCCGCAGAUCUGAGCUUGAAACCGUAUGUACUUCUCUCCUGAAGGCUAACAUGGAUGCAGCUGCAUUCUGGAAUCAGCAGCCACUUGCUUCAAGGGAGUAUGCAUCGAGCACCAUCAUUCCAGCAUGCAAUGUUGUUGUGGAAAUUUCAAAUAGUGCAAAAGAUCUCAUCGAACAAGAAGUUUCUGCUUUUUAUCGAAGUCCUGACAAUAGUCUAUAUAUGCUUCCAUCAACCCCGCAGGCACUUCUGGAUUCCAUGGGUGCCAAUGGAUCUACAGGACCUGAAGCUGUUGCUGCUGCAGAGAAGAAUGCUGCUUUACUGACUGCGAGGGCUGGUGCCAGGGAUCCAUCUGCAAUCCCAUCCAUCUGCCGUGUAUCUGCUGCUCUUCAAUAUCCUGCUGGCCUAGAUGGUUCAGAUUCUAGUUUGGCAUCAGUAUUAGAAUCUCUUGAGUUCUGCUUGAGACUACGUGGUUCUGAGGCUAGUGUUUUGGAAGAUUUGGCAAAGGCAAUCAACCUAGUCCACAUUCGGCAGGAUAUUGUUGAAAGUGGUCAUGCGUUAUUGAACCAUGCUUAUCGUGUUCAACAAGAAUAUGAAAGGACAACAAAUUUUUGUUUGAAUUUGGCUACUGAGCAAGAGAAAAUUGUUACGGAUACAUGGUUACCUGAACUUAAGACUGCAGUUUUGAGUGCUCAGAAGUGUUUGGAAGAUUGCAAAUAUGUGAGGGGUUUGCUAGACGAGUGGUGGGAGCAACCUGCCUCCACAGUUGUUGACUGGGUUACAGUUGAUGGGCAGAAUGUCGCAGCUUGGCAUAAUCAUGUGAAGCAGCUUCUUGCAUUUUAUGAUAAGGAGCUCUUGUGAAGAUAAUUGCCACAAAAACAAUUUCCUUGAUUGCAUGUCAACGUGGUGGAUAUCUUUAACCUGUAGUCUUAUCCGAAGCAAAUUAGAAUGUUAGACAUUCUUGGGGUUGCCAGAGAGCACAUUUUCAAUUUUAUUUGAUGGGCAUAUCAGAUUAGGAUGAAGUUGAGGCACUUGUUGAGGACACCGUUGCAACUUGAUUGGCGGUCAAGGAUGUUGCCAGGGUCUUCACAAAAUGGGAAUUGAUGUACAGCCUAGUGAUCAUCUUCUCAUUUGAUGGCUAAUUUGUAUAGAAGUCUCCUUUUGUAGCC